CCAUAAAGGACAGGCUAAAGCGCAGCGAAGAGGACAGACGCCCGGCGCCAGAAAUAUAAAAGCAACCCGAGCGUCACUGCGGCCCGCCUCAACAGGUCUCGGACAAAACCCGGGGAAAAAAACUACCCCCUCAACCAAUAUCUAUUCAACGCGAUCUCUCGCAUUUUUGGGUCAAACAUAUACACUUUCGCUUACACCAGCUACCGUCGACGGUCGCCUUACUCUGUUUGAGCUCCCUGGCAUACACUCUCUACGUCCGGGGUGUUUGCUGCUGAUUCAAUCACUGCACUUGGGUUCAGCGAGACAGAGAUCAUCACGAGACAGGAUCGGAAUCGAGAGGAGGAUCUUGGACUGGUAUCACGCAUAACGUCGUGCUCAAUAGCGUCACCACACCUGCAGUGGAAGCAGAGACUAUCACGCGUCGCACAUUGCACUCUCGGAUAUUCCGUCCGAGACGAUUGCGCGUCCGACCUUCGAAAUGACGACCGGAAUCGAAACCAGGAAGCGUAGUGUUUCAGAAAUAUCUGGCGACCAUGAAGGGGAUGUGAGGUAUAACGAAUGGACAGACGCUAAGCGACCGCGAUCACAGGGUUCGGAAGACAAUCCGCAAGUUGAGAACAAAGUGCGUUCAUCACAAUCCAUGGACAGCUCUGAGUCGAUAUAUGGGACGGGGAUACCGAGCGACGCAUAUGACGGAACAAAUUUUGAUCAGCCUGUAGCGAAUUAUAACCAGCCGGACUCGAAUCACGAUCCGCUCAUUUGGGCCAAGCUGGGCGCGCUGCAUUCGCAGAAUGCUACUGCAGGUUAUGCGGAGGAAGCUUCGACGUUACAUCCUGAUCAGUUGAGAUCGCAACCCCCGCCUGUGACGAAUGGGCACGAUCACAGUAACCACGAACCUUCUGUUAACCAGCCCGGCGUAAAAUCGGAGGGAGUGAAAUCAGAAGGAAUCCCUGAGGAUCCAAAUCUCGUCCAGGAGCAGCUGAAAUUUUGCGGAAACGUGUUAAAGAUCGUAAAAAGACUGAAAGACGCUCCACCGUUCCUUCAACCUGUCGACCCGGUGCUGUUAGGGAUUCCGAAUUACCUGGACGUGAUCAAAGAUCCGAUGGAUCUAUCGACAAUCGAAACCAAGUUGCGCACUUCGCAGUACGCAACAUAUCGUGGCUUUGUGGACGACUUUAAGCUCAUGGUCGAGAACUGCUAUACGUUCAACGGGAGAGAGUCUCUGGUCUCGCAAAAUGCGCUGAACCUGGAGAAGUCGUUCGAUAAGCACAUGGAGAAAUUACCAUUACAGGUUCAGGUGAAAUCAGAGAAACAGAAGAAACGCCCAUCGACCGUAGAUCCAGCGGCGCGAUACUCCCUAAGCGGGCCCUCGGACACACGACCUAAACGAGAAAUCCACGCGCCAGUAAAAGACAUUAGCAGCAGCUCCCUAACCGGCGCAAAACUAAGCGACCCGGAACUCAAAUUCUGCUCCGAAGUGCUAAAAGAACUGACCAAGAAAACGCACAACCCACACAACUGGCCCUUCCUCCAACCCGUCGACCCCAUCGCCCUCAACAUCCCGCACUACCCAACCAUCAUCAAACACCCGAUGGAUCUCAGCACGAUGCGCAAGAAACUGGAUGGUGGGGAAUACGCCUCCGCGGACGAGUUCGAGGCCGAUAUGAAGCUGAUGCUGAAUAACUGCUACACGUUCAAUCCGCCGGGGACGGACGUGCAUACCUCGGCGCAGCACCUGCAUGAGGUGUUCAAUAGGAAGUGGGCCGAGAAGGGGGCGGCGGUGGCGCAGGCCCCGAGAUCGGAUAAACGGCCGGCGGCGAAGGCGAAGGCGAAACGGCAGUCGGUGGCGCAGGUGCAGCAUGAGCAUGAGGGGGAGGAGUCUUCUGAUGAGGAGGAUGAUGAUAACACCGCCAAGCAACUCUCCCUCCUCAACAACCAACUCCAAGCCAUAACAGCCCAAAUGGCCAUCCUCCAAGAAAAACAAUCCCGCAAAAACGCCAAAAAGAAAGCCUCCACAUCCUCUCUUCCCACCACCACGUCCUCCACCGCCCCCAAAAAACAGAAAUCCAAAUCCCUCUCCGUCCCACCACAAAAGAAGAACCCCAAGAAACCACCACGCCCACGCGCACCGAAGGGGAGCAAAGCAGAGGAAAAUCUGCCUGCGAUGACGUAUGAGCAGAAAGAGGAGCUGAGCGUGCUGGUCGGCGAGCUGAGCGCGGAUGAGAUUGAUAUAGUGAUGGGGAUCAUUAGGGCUGGGUCGGAUUUGCCUGAGAGCGCAAACCUAGGAGGCGAAGUGGAACUGGACAUUGAACUCCUGUCCAAAUCGACCCUCUGGAAACUGUACAAUUUCGUGACAAAGAAGAAAACGCCGACCAAGAAACAGACUCCUGCAGCCAAGGCGAGGCCGUUGACGAGUUCGAGUAGGCCUAUGGGGUUGAGUAGAGCGAGCGAUACGAGUGAUGGGAGUGAUGAGGGGAGUGAAUCGGAGAGUGAUUGAGUCGGGUCCGAGUGCAGUCCGGAUUUCGCACCGGCCGUACCCCUGGUACCCUUCAUUGCGAUGUAUUGUCUUCCACCUGUAUCCGCCCGCCCCAUUGAGAGCUUUUCAGCUUGCCUCGAAUCGACGCAUGGGGAUUGGAGAGCGAGGGAUCAUUCUGAAUGUGUAGUUAUUGGUUGGGGCGUCGCUUUUUCUCCUGUAUAUGUAUGUACAUAUACCAUACCCCCCCCCAUUUGGUUGCGACAAUAGGAAUGGAUUGAUGGCGCGCGUACUGAGACAACCGACCUGA